AGGAAGAGGGUGAGUGAAAGUGGAGAGGCAGGCAGGCAGUCAGACGUGUUGCAACAGAUGGCCUCAGCAUUAACGGCCCAGCAGCUGUUGCAACGAGGAACUCUGCUGGACUGAGAAGUAGAGGAGGGAAAGUCUUUGGAGAAACUCUCUGUCGUCUGCAGGCUUCCUUUACAGACAGAAAAGUACAACAUGCCAGAGUGUGCAGAAGUUGUUCUGUUUUUUCCUUUGGAAUUGCCAAAAGAAGCAACAAUUGCAUGAAGAUCCAAACGUUCAUCUUCCAGCCCCCGUUCUCCUUCUGCCCCCCAGCUGGGUGUCAAAGAGGAGAACACCUGCUGGGAGAGAGGAGAAGCUGAAGGAGGCCGCAGAAGGUUUCAAUAAAGGCCAAUCAGUGAAGCCCUCAGCAUCUGCUCAAGGGGCUGAGAUCCUGCAGGGGAAGCCAGUGACGGCCCUGACAUUGUGCAGCGCAAGGCCAUGGCAAGACAACGUUUCCUCUUCCUGCUCUUCUUGGUGACUCUUGGCCACGCACAGUUCCAGCCUGGAGGUCGAUUGAAGCCCCGCUUGCAGAGGGACAGACGCAACAUCCGACCGAACAUCAUCCUCGUUCUGACUGAUGACCAGGACCUGGAGCUGGGUUCCAUGCAGGCAAUGAAUAAGACUCGCCGCAUUAUGGAAGAGGGAGGGACGUCCUUCUCCAAUGCCUUUGUGACCACGCCCAUGUGCUGUCCGUCACGUUCAAGCAUGCUCACUGGAAAGUACGUGCACAAUCACAACACCUACACCAACAACGAGAACUGUUCCUCUUUGUCAUGGCAGCGACAGCAUGAGCCGCGGACCUUCGCAGUUUACCUGAACAACACUGGAUACAGGACAGCUUUCUUUGGGAAGUACCUGAAUGAGUACAACGGCUCAUACGUCCCUAACGGCUGGAGGGAGUGGCUUGGCCUGGUGAAGAACAGCCGCUUCUACAACUACACGCUGAGCCGCAAUGGAGUUCGGGAGAAACACGGAGCGCGAUACCCCGAGGACUACCUGACCGACCUGAUCACAGAGGAGUCCGUUCGCUACUUCCGCUCCUCAAAGCGAGUUUAUCCUCACCGCCCGGUUCUGAUGGUUCUGAGCCAUGCAGCGCCGCAUGGACCUGAAGAUUCAGCACCGCAGUACAGCGAGGCCUUCCCUAAUGCAUCGCAUCACAUCACUCCCAGUUACAACUAUGCCCCAAACCUGGACAAGCACUGGAUCAUGCGCUACACCGGGCCGAUGAAGCCCAUCCACAUGGAGUUCACCAAUGUGCUGCAGAGGAAGCGUCUGCAGACGCUUCUGUCUGUGGAUGACAGCAUGGAGAAGCUAUAUAACAUGCUGACGGAGACGGGAGAGCUGGAGAACACCUACAUCAUCUAUACAUCUGACCAUGGCUACCACAUUGGACAGUUUGGUCUUGUUAAAGGUAAAUCCAUGCCGUACGAGUUUGACAUCAGAGUCCCGUUUUACAUCAGAGGCCCAAACGUGGAACAGGGCGGCAUUAAUCCUCACAUGGUUCUGAACAUCGAUCUGGCUCCAACCAUCCUGGAUAUAGCUGGACUCGAUACGCCUCCAGAUAUGGAUGGACGGUCGAUACUAAGUCUGCUGGACACAGACAAACCCGCCAACAGAUUCCAGCUCAACAAGGUGCCAAAGAUCUGGAGGGACUCCUUUCUAGUGGAAAGAGGGAAGUUGCUGCACCAGCAAGUUGAGGGGAAGGAAGUGUCGCAGGAGAACUUCCUGCCCAAACACCAACGGGUUAAAGACCUCUGUCAGAGAGCUGAGUACCAGACGCCCUGUCAGCAGACUGGACAGAAGUGGCAGUGUGUGGAGGAUGCAACAGGAAAGCUGCGGCUCUUCAAGUGUAAGAGUGAAGGAACUAGAACCUUCCAGCGGGACACGGUCAGCCGCCAGCGUCCGCUCAGUGUCAAAUCCCGCCUGUACCACCCUAAGCUGGACAUGUGCGACUGCGACUUUGGCGACCUUCCACUUUUGAACUUGCGACGCUUCAACCAGAAGCCUUUCCUCUCCAAAAAGAAGUUCAAAACCCAGAAGAGUUAUGCGAGGAACCGCUUCAGCCGCUCCCUCCCCGGGGCGAACAGUUACCCAGGCAACAGCAGUCUGGGGGAAUCGCUCAGAAGUUCUCAUCAAACAGGAGAAGAGCUGGAGGAAGACUUCAGUGGAAUGGGAGCCCCUCCCAGCACAGCUUUCCCAUCCAGCUCCAUCAAAGUGACCCACAGGUGUGCCAUCCUGUCCAACGCCACGGUGAAGUGCGACACAGGAGUUUAUCAGUCUCUGCAGGCCUGGAAGGAUCACAAGCUGCACAUCGACCAUGAGAUUGAGACUUUACAAACAAAGAUCAAAAACCUAAGAGAGGUCAGAGGUCAUCUGAAGAAGGUCCGGCCCCUGGAGUGUGACUGCAAUAAGUAUCUGUUCAAAUCCAAACUGAAGAACAAGCUGAAAUUCAGAGGAGAAGGAGGAUUUCAUCCGUUCAGGAAGAGCAGGGCUCGAGACAAGAAGGCCUGGCUCCAGAAGGAGCAGAAGAGGAGGAAAAAGAUGAGGAAGAUCAUCAAGAGGAUCAAAAACAACGACACCUGUUCAAUGCCUGGACUCACCUGCUUCACACACGACAACCAGCACUGGCACACGCCUCCUUUUUGGACACUGGGUCCGUUCUGCGCCUGCACCAGCGCCAACAACAACACAUACUGGUGUCUGCGGACCAUUAAUGAGACCCACAACUUUCUCUUCUGCGAGUUUGCCACUGGCUUUCUGGAGUUUUUUGACCUCAGCACAGACCCUUACCAGUUGAUAAACGCCGUGGGCUCCUUAGACCGCACCGUUCUCAACCAGCUGCACGUCCAGCUCAUGGAGCUCCGCGGCUGCAGGGGGCAUAAGCAGUGCAACCCUCGCACGCGCUCAGUGGAGCUGGCAGGCGGGCGGGCUCAUGGCAGCUUCGACAACUACAGGCUGUUUGAAAGGAGAAAGUGGCCAAAAGUCAAGAGACCUUCAUCCUCCCGAACCCUAGGACCGAUCUGGGAUGGCUGGAAGGGAUAGGGGGGCGCCCGCCGCUCCCACCCUCACUAGCCUACAGGAAGGAGGCGUGGUCACCGCAGCCUCAGCAUCAGUCCGCUUCUGCAACGUCAUUCAGCCUUCCCCACCUGUUGCUCAGGAAGACUCUGGAAUGAAACCCUCACCCUUCCCCCAGAGGCUCCUACCAUGCUGCCACCUCCUGCCCCUGUAAGAAAGAAGAAGAGCAGGAGGAGGAGAAGGAGCAGGGGAUGCAUAGCAAAAGAGUCAGAGCAGGAAAAGAUGUGUUUUUAGAGGACCAGCAGCAUUUUGCCCUGAGUUUUACCUUUCAGGUUUGACAUAAUCAACUCUCAGCUCAAUAACCAAACCCCUCUUCAUCUUAAUGAGCCUCUUACUGUAAAUUUAUGCUUCCUUUUUUUCUUGACUCAUUUUUAAAAUAGAAUUUAGGUUGAGCUAUUUUGCACAUUGCAAAAACCAAAUUAUGUUAUUAAAAAAAUGUUAUUAAAAUUAAACAUUGAGAAAGUUUGGUGAAUUAGUUUUGAGAAAAUAUGUCUGAAUUAUUUUAACAAGACAUUUUGUUAACCAGGAGCAGGUUUAUGCUCCUCAAAAACAUCUGCUUUUGUACAUAAACCACCUCAAGA